AUGUUUAUAACUUAUCCAAGACUAAUUGGACUACUUCUUGAAUUCAUAAACUUAGAGUACACCAAUACAAGUUCUUUUCAAAUUUUAGUUCUUGUUUUCUCUUCCAAGAUUAUCAAAAUUACCCCUGAUCCAAGACAUCCAUCUAUUACUCAAUGGAAGGUUGAGUGCAUUAAUCAACUAUAUGCUACAGAGCCAAGAACUUAUAACCCAUUUAUGGAACAACAGGUCAAUGAAAUUUCAGAUGAAGAACUUACUGAGCUUGAAAGUGAGGAUCCAGAUGAUGAUGUUGAGAAUAACAUUAAGGAAGAAGUUCAUGGAGAUGAAAAUUAUGAAGACCCUGACAAUGAUAUUGUUGGGUAUACUAUCGAAUCUUUACCCUCAUCUGACUCUCUUAUUAUUACAAUGUGUACUUUUCAAGCUGCAUCACAUGUGUCUCCUCCACGUCUCAACAAGUACAUAUACUUCAAGUUUUCACCAUCCUCCCAUGGUGCAUAG